AUGGUGGAGCAGGGAGACGAGGCGCCGCUGCUGCGCUGGGCCGAGGGCCCAGCCGUGUCCCUGCCGCAGGCCCCCGAGCUCCAGGCCAGCAGCCGGGGAUGGGGCGCGGGGGGCGGCAGCGGCGGGCUGGGGAGCGGGCCUGCAUCCGGGGCCCGGCGGGCUGCAGAGCCCGGGAAGAAGAAGGAGGAGGAGGAAGAAGAGGAGGAGGAGGCGGAGUUCGGUCCGGGGGAACUGCUGCGGCGGCAGUCCGGGCGUCUGCCCCUGGAGGAGGAGGAGGACCAGGUGGUGGCCGUGUUCGUGGUCACUUUCGAUCCCCGCACGGGUAACAUGCUGGAAUGGUGUCUGCCUCAAGAUAUUGAUCUGGAAGGGGUUGAAUUUAAAUCUAUGGCCAGUGGGUCCCACAAAAUUCAGUCUGACUUCAUAUAUUUCCGGAAAGGGCAUUUCUUUGGCCUCGCCUGCUUUGCUAACAUGCCUGUGGAGAGUGAGCUGGAGCGAGGAGCACGGAUGAAGUCUGUGGGCAUUCUCUCGCCUUCCUAUACCCUCCUUUACAGAUACAUGCACUUCUUAGAGAAUCAAGUCCGACACCAGCUGGAGAUGCCAGGGCAUUACUCUCAUCUGGCUGCAUUUUAUGAAGACAAGAAAGGUGUGCUUCAUGCUGGUCAAGGAAAACCCAACUCUGUGCACCCUGUUCACUGGCUGCCCUCCAUCCAUCGAUAUAUGUACCCAGAGAUGAAGAUCACACAUCCAGCUGGCUGUAUGUCUCAGUUUAUUAAGUUCUUUGGGGAGCAAAUCCUAAUCCUUUGGAAGUUUGCUUUGCUUCGAAAACGCAUUUUGAUAUUCUCUCCUCCACCCGUGGGAGUUGUUUGCUACAGAGUGUACUGCUGCUGCUGCUUGGCCAAUGUCUCUCUGCCGGGCAUAGGAGGCACAAUUCCUGAAUCCAAACCCUUUUUUUAUGUGAACGUGGCAGAUAUCGAGAGCCUGGAGAUAGAAGUGUCUUAUGUGGCUUGUACAACAGAGAAGAUUUUUGAAGAGAAGCAUGAUUUGUAUGAUGUUUAUGUGGACAACCAGAAUGUGAAGACACACCACGCACACCUGCAGCCACUGCUGAAGCUCAAUAGUGCUGAUAAAGAAAAAUACCGGAGACUGAACGAGCAGAGGCAGAUGCUGUUGUACUCCCAGGAGGUUGGGGAGGACUGCAACCCAUGUGAAGAAGACCUCUUUGUUUUGUUUUUCCUGGAGCAGAACAACAGGAUAUUCCAGACUUUGCUGGAAGUCUCCGCAAGCCAGGACAAGACCCUGACAGCAGAGCAUGCCCGGGGCAUGGGCCUGGACCCCCAAGGGGACCGAAACUUCCUUAUAGACCUGCUGGAAGCAUAUGGCAUUGAUGUGAUGUUAGUCAUUGAUAAUCCCUGCUGCCCAUAGAGAGGGUUGGUGAAGAAAUGACUCCCUCAUGUGAAGAGAAGCAUCCCCGGAGUUCACCCCACUGGUUCCCAAAGAUUAUCAUUUUUAUUUAAAAAGUUUAUAUGAAAGAAUAUUAUUUAUACUUUUCAACAAAUGUAACUUUUACAUUUUCCUUUUUUCCCUCCCCUGUCCCUCAAAUUGAAUAACUUUGAUUUUGUAUUCUGGCUUUGAUAGAACUUUCACCCCAAAGCCCAGGUCUUGGGGCCUGGUCUGACCUUGGGAAGUGAGAGAGAAAGAUGAUUUCUUAAGGAGAUCUUCUAGAGUGACUCAGGGAUGAGAUCAAGUGAAAAAUCUGUUACCAGGACAGGUUAUUGGAAGCCCACUUCUCGAAAACACUGGAAUGGACUUCAGGAAGAUUGUAGAAUUUCUCUAAUUGGCAGUGUUCAAGAGAAGACAACCAUCUAUCCAGUAUGAUCUAAAUACGUCAUACCUGAAGGCAAGGGACCAGAUAUUCUCUCCAAACUCCUGGAUCCAUUUUAGGAUUUUCAUCCUUUGAUCUCAUCAUGAUUUCCUGUUUGGUGGCAGUUGCUUCAAGUAAAUGAAGCAAACACACUUGUGAUGGCAUCGACAGUAGGGCAGGACACAACUAUGCUUCUCAAUCUAAGUACUACUGUAAAUUGGUAUGAAUGGCAUAGGAAACUUGCAAGAGUUGAAUGAGGUCUUGAAACCUUUCCAGGACUACUACAGUCCAUUCCCUCCAUUCUAUAUAGCUUGGAUGGGGGCAGGAGUUGACUUCCAUUCCUCUUGUCAAAGAUUUUGCCUCUAUUUAAUUUCUGCCGAGGGCUCUCUGUAGCUGGCUUUAAAGGGCAGGGUUUAUUUUACAGCAUAGAAAAGUGGUAUAAGACUAAAAGGAAGGUUAAACUCUUCAGAGGAUUAGAGCAGACCUUCUGUGACGGAAUCUAGUGAGUAUCUGGGCUGAUUAGCUCGCCUGGUCGAGAAUUACAUCGAACAAAGCGAAGGAAAUGGAUGUGAUCUCUUUCAAAGGUACUAUUUUAUUUAUCUUUAGUAUGAAGGGCCAUUUAAGGCAUUCCUGAUUCUAGUCACUGAAGCUGGGGACAGAGAAGCUUAAUUUAUUCCCUUCCUAGCUAGGAAGGAAUCUCAACAGUGCCUUCUCUCAGGAUGUAGUGGUCAAGAAACCACUGACCGUGAGUUGCAGAUGUAUCCCAGUUCCCACAGAGCUUCCUGUCUGGAUGUCUUUCACAGCCAUGUGCUAAGUGGUGAGUGACUGCCCUCCUGUUAACUUGGGGGAAGAAGAGGGGAAUUGUGAGUCGGCUGCAGUCGGCAGCCUGCUCCUCUGAGCUACAGUGAGACCUUUCACAAUCUAGGCCCAUGGAAGUGGUGGUGCAGGAACUGCUCUUUCUGCUGGGUCUCAGUUCCAGUCUCACAGACUAGGCUGUUGGUGGGAAGUGCUUUCUCCCUUUUCUUUCUCUUGCUAUGUUAUUUUUAACAUGGAUAUAUGUGAUCCUGACCAUGAUCUCCCAGAUCAAUUGCCAUAGCUGGGAAGAAUAAUGAGGAAAUAGUGAAUUAUAUUUUUUACCAUCAAAUCUGAGGAGGCCUUCUCCUUUCUUUAGAAAUGUUUGCUGAGCCUGGCUUUUAGGGUGUGAAAUUUAAGUACUGUGAAAUACAGAUAAACUUGAUGGUAAUACAAACACAUUUUCCACAUUCAGGGUAUAACUUUUUUUGAGUAGAUACAUAAAUAACCAAGUAUGGACUUUCAAGUAUAGACAAUAGACCUAAUUUCUUUUUUGCUGUGGGCAGUGGCUAGCAUUCCAGUGAUACAAGUAUUUAUAAAGAAAAAAAUAUCUGUAACUUCCUCUUUGUAAUAUUCUGGGCCUUUUUUCCCCUUCUAUUAUUCUAGGGUCUUUAAAAUGCCCACACACUCACAGGAUCUAGGGCUUAAAAAGACCUUCAGGGAUAUAUAUAUAUAUGUAUAUAUUCAACCUCUAAGGUAUAACCAACCCCUUCAGUCAUUAUCCACUAAUUUUGCCUUAUGCCAGCAGGUAAGGCUUUAAUUAUCACCAUCAAACCCCUUAGAACAGAUUGGAAAGCAAGGGCCUGCACUUCAUGAUAGAAAGGCACUCACCUAGAUACAUAGGAUGUCAGACCUACUUAAGAGACAUUAAGCAGCACAAGCCAUUCUGUGCACUCCAAAUGUCUUCUUGCUUUAAAGUUCAGCUCAUUUUGCAGAGGGAGAGAGAGAGAGAGCGCACUAGACAGAUAAUGGUAGUACUCAUCACUGUAUGGCAAGAGACGGGAUUCAAAUCUGUCGGACAUGAGCUUUCUGGUCUAGUUAUACUUGAAGUAUCCUUUCUUCCUAGUACGGUGAUCACCAUCCUUGUUUGCAUUACUGGACCACAGGCUUUGUACACUACUGAGCAUUAGUAAAUGGUCACCAACUUGAAAAAGAAAACAUUUUGCUCUCCUAGCCAUCAAAGCAUCACAAACGUGUUCAUUUCUAUUUUGGAAGACUAGAGAUUAAAAGGAACAGGAGGGAUUUGCCUAGGUAGAAUCUGUGAAAUGUCUGCACAGGUAAAUUACCUUCUCCCCUAUGUUAAAAUAAAGCAAAAUUUGAGACCAAAACAUAUAAAAUACAUAUAGCGUGAAAAUUCCCAUACCAAAACAACUAUUAAUCAAACACAUUUCAGCCUGAGCAGCAGAGGAUAAAGAUAAAUUUAAAACCUUACCAUAUUCUUGUUCUUUUUAACAGAGGCUGUAGGAAUUGAAGAUGCUUAUUUCUUGAGCAAACUAGAAAAUCCUUUAAAAUCGUUAGAAGUAUGAAGUUAUUCACCUUCAGAGGAGUCUUUUGGGGGAACAUGCUGUGAAGAACAAAAACUAGAUUGACCCUUUAAUGGCAGUGGUACUCCCCAGCCAAGGAAGGGGAAGAACUUUUACUCUGGGCAUGGUUCACAGAUCCCAGAAGUCUGUGCCAAUCCCAACAGGCCUAGAUCAUGGCUGUAAGGACUAUGGGGUAUGAAGAGUCAAUGUCCCCUGCCAAGGUCUGAUGCUCUAUAGCAGAAAGAGCAAAAAACGGGCAGGGGGGGGACCCCCAAGGAUGUAGGUCAUAAGUAGGUGUCUUAUCGCCAGGAUCUGUCUUUGCACUUGGCUGAUGGGACCAAGAAUCCCUUGGUUUGGGUGGUAAAGGCUACAGCCUCCCCAUUUCCUGUCCUGACCAGUGUCUGCAGAACAGCCCCUUACCUUUGUAGUGCCCCAUCAUCCUUUGUGAUGACCAAAGGACACUUUCUUAUUAAAAAAUCAAUGCUACCACAGUUUCACCCGAUGGUCAGAUACAGGAAUGGAGGAGAGGGACAGAAAGUUGAAAGGAAGUGGCAUCUGUGCCAUUCAGCAUGUCCUUAAAAGAUAUGAUUAGAAAACUUAUCUUGAUUACUAACAGGUCUGUGCUCUAAAGAGCUAUAGAAGAACACUGAGUAUUGUUAGAAAAUCCUGCAAACUGAUCUUUUUUUUUUUCCUUACAGGAAAGGGAAAGUUAUUUUUCUAUCAGUAAGUGACUAAAUAUUUAAGGGAUUUCAAAACUACAGUGCUGGAAGAAGGCAAUUUCGUUAUAUUAAGGAAACCUGCCCUAAGAAGCCACAGGUGUAUAACUUAAAUAUCUUAGCAGGGGAAUAGGAGUUGUCAUCAAAUAUGAAUAGUCUCUUCUCAGGAAAUAAGGUUCGGUUAUUACCUGAAGAAGACGACACACUAGUUACACCAACUGCAAAAGAAAUCUGUUUUCUUGGAAAGCAGUAAAGCUACAUAUUCCUGAUCAACCAGCCUCUGUUAAUAAACUGUUUCCAAUACUAAAAAAGAAAGAUAUCAGACCUUUGUUUUGAUGGAAGGGAGUUGAGGGGGAGGAGAAGAAAUGUUAAAGAAAAGAAAAAAAAGCACCAAACUGCAGUAAGAUUGGAUUUAUUCACUUCAUUCAGGUCAAUCUUUGGUCAUCCUAGAAGUACCUGUUAAAUUUAAGAAAAAACAGAACUGGUGGAGCUGAAUAUAAUUUGAUUCCUCUUGCCAUAUGACCAGUGCAGCCUCCUAAACAUCGUAAGGGUGGAAAGCACAUCUAUUAAUGUCAUGGUUCUUUAACCAAUGUUAGCAAUAACAAUAACUUGAUUUCCCCCUUCUUGCUCCAAAAUCCCCUUUUCUGAAGAGUCUUGACCUACUGCAAAUGAAACCCUAAAAUCAAUAGGGUGAAUACUACUCCAGUGAUAGUGCUUGCAAACCCUACUAACUCUUAGCUGUGGCAAUUCCAAAGGCCCAAGGAAGGCUAGGGUUAACCCUAAUGAUAUGACAAAAAUGGCACUUGAAUUUGUUCUGUUGUACAAACGGUUGCUGUAUAGUUUAUAUCAUACCUGUACAGAUCUCAGCCAAGUGGUCUACAGAGGUUGAUAUGACCUUAGUUAAGGAAAAUAGUUUUUACAAUUAAAAGUUCACAUUUUAACAUGAA